AUGCCAAUCCAGGCGCCUCAGUGGACGGACUAUCUCAACUGUCCGGUGUGUUGCCGCGAAUUCGGCGCACCGCCGCGGAGUCCUAUCAGUCUCGGCUGCGGCCACACCUUAUGUAGGCAUUGCCUUAAACACUUACAUCGGAAACAAUGCCCCUUCGACCAGACUGUGAUCCAAGUGGAACCUGAGGAGCUAGUGGUGAACACCGCCCUGCUCCAGCUAGCCGGGUACACGCCGCCCGCGCAGCCUUACCACCCGCCCUGUAUACAAGCACUGCCUGACCAUGACAGGCAGGCGUAUGACGUCAUUGUACGCUGUAUGGAACACCUCGCAGUCUUUCUCAAGUACUGUGGGAAUGCGAACAACAGUGUGGGUGGUAGUCGGCUCUCGCGGCCGAUGCAGCGUAAGCUGGUGACGCUGCUGCAGUGCGCGAUGACUGACGACGAGGGCAGGGGUCGCGCUGCCAGGGCGGCCCGCUCGCUCGGCGAGAGGACCGUCACCGAGCUGAUACUGCAACACCAGAAUCCUCAACAGUUGAGCGCGAACUUAUGGGCGGCGGUGAGGGCGCGCGGUUGUCAAUUCCUCGGUCCAGCGAUGCAGGAAGAGGUCUUAAAGCUCGUCCUACUAGCACUAGAGGACGGGUCCGCCUUGUCAAGAAAGGUUUUAGUGAUGUUUGUAGUCCAAAGAUUAGAGCCACACUUCCCCCAGGCGUCUAAAACUAGUAUAGGCCAUGUCGUUCAGCUCUUGUAUAGAGCUUCUUGUUUUAAGGUAUCAAAACGCGAGUGCGACUCCUCGUUGAUGCAAUUGAAAGAGGAAUUUCGAACAUACGAAUCAUUGAGGCGGGAACACGACGCCCAAAUAGUCCAGAUCGCCACAGAGGCCGGUCUCAGGAUCGCACCUGAUCAGUGGAGCGCCCUGUUAUACGGAGAUACAGCCCACAAGAGUCACAUGCAGAGUAUAAUUGAUAAGCUUCAGACGCCCCAGUCUUUCGCGCAGUCGGUCCAAGAGUUGUUCAUAGCUUUACAGAGGACGGGCGAUCCCGCUCAGUUGGUUAUUAUCAGCCGCCAUCUGGAUCGGUUGACCGCUAUAGACGCCAGUCCAGAUGCGAAGGGUCCAACGUGGCAGCAGCUAGCAGAGAUAAUGACAUCAUUGAAGGAGGUCGUGUCUGGUCUGUUCCACUAUCUACAGCAACAGGCGACUGGAAGAGAUUCAAACCAUAAUCAAAAGUUAGCGCUGCCUGACAGAUGUGUGGAGGCCUCUACCAGUCAACCGAGUUCUCAGACGGCGGCGUCAACGCCCACACACAACAAAUACAAAGUGGCCAUGUGCCGGGACGCGGCCACCAGAUCAUUCUGUCCCAGGGGCAACUCUUGUACCUUCGCGCAUUCAGAAGAGGAAUUGGAAAGGUAUAGGUCUAUGCCAAACACGACUCCGGGCGCGACCAACGGUAAUUUCACUUACAUCACAGCGCUGCCGGCGCCGAUGCCGCUGCCGCCGCAAAUGCCGCAAGCGAUGCCGAUGCCGCCCGCUAUAUAUCCGCGGUAUCAACAUCCUCAUCUAGAUAACUACGCUCCACCAUUAGCCACGCUAUCAUCACAAACCAUCCCGCCAGAAAUGUUGCCAAACCCAGACUACCAGCAGGAGACUCAGCACGCGGUCGACAGCAUUCCACCGACGAACUAUCCAACUACGAUAAUUCACAAUCAACCUCUAGGCAUCAAUCAGAACGGUAUAAUGAUACCUGUUCCGGAGCGUUACUAUGGCCGGUACAGCGGUAUCCUGCCGAUCCCGGAGGACCAGAGCGUGACGUAUCGCGCGGAGUUCCCUGUGUAUCAGCCGGGACCAAACACCGGUAUACCGUAUCAGGGGGACGUGCCGAUGCCCAACAUAUAUGUGCCUGUACACGAACCACCGAGGAAUAUUAGCCCUUACGCUUUUGAUGAUUUGACAUCGGAACUAGUGCCGGAUUUUCGUGUGAAACCGCCGACUUAUGUGGCGGUGCCGCGCGACAGGAGGCCCGAAACCGCCGCCUGGACAACAAACGAUGUGUUCAAUUUUGACAGUAUGCGCAACGCAAUAAUACCGCACUGUUCUGGCACGUCAGAAGAGCAAGAGUUGGAAGAAGAGUUACAAGCGUUGGAGCGUCGCAUCGACACGGAGUUCAAGAGUGCGGACUAA